AUGACUUUAAGCGAGUCCCGUUUGGGUUGUGGUCAAUUUAUUUGCCAAAAAAAAGGCAAAUAUAAUCACAAUGCUACAGUAGCCGAAAGUACUUGGUUUGAGAGGGAAAACAAAGAAGUAAUCUUUAUACUUGCAAACCAUAGAACGAUGAGAGAGGAUUCAAAAGUCGGGAGAAAUCUAUCAGAACAUCUCAAAACUGAGCAGUAG